AUGCGAUCCUGUAAAUCAGUGGGUCCACCGUUACCCCAAAGCUUGCCUCCUCCACUGAUCACCCCACCAGUAUUCCCACCACUUUUGAAUGCAUGGUCAAAUCCUGCUGUUACUUACACACGCAUCACCGUAGAAGAUCUUCUUGGGACCGCUGCAGCGGGAUCAAUGCGAACGCAACUGAAUCCUCUCGCGUGCCCGUUUCAACCUAUUCUUCCUCGCACAUUAAGUUUUGCACAGUAUGUUGUUGACUAUGUUCUACAUUCCAUUAAGCUAUUGUACACUCCACUGUCUAAUUAG